AUGUCGCCUGCCGCGCAAGCGCCGCCGACGGCUGCCGAGAAGGUCGCGUCCUUCUUCUCCCGCCUGAGCCCCGUGCCGUGCUUCCCCGACUACACCGGCCCCUACAAGGUCGGCACCGUCGACAUCGAGGUGCCCGUCUCUGAGCUGGAGUCGCCCAGUCCGACUCCCUACAGCGCAUCCGAGAUCCACACCGUCCAGUGCCGCGUCUUCUACCCUGCGACCCCCGAGUCCAACGGCAAGAGGAUCAACUGGCUGCCCUCGCCGCAGAGACAGCAUGUCUCGGCCUACACUCAGUUCAUUGGCAUCCGCCCAAUGCUUGCAGACAUCGUUUCAUUCCUCCCGCGACACCUGCACUACACCACGAUCCCCGUCCACAAGAAUGCCGAGAUCCUCGAGCCCGAUACCCCGACCCGACGAUGGCCGACCAUGAUCUUCUCCCACGGCCUCGGCGGCAACCGAAACACAUACUCCCACCUGGCGGGCUCCUUGGCGUCCCACGGUGUUGUCGUCAUCUGCCCUGAGCACCGCGACGGCAGCGCCGUGGCGUCAUUCGUGCGCAUCCCCGGGAAGCAGGAUCAAUACUUUAUGCGCGACACCCGCCGCACUAUUCCCUACGUCCGCCUCGACCACGAGGCGCGCCCCGAAAUCUACGAAGCGCGCGAGGACCAGCUGCGCAUUCGCCUGUGGGAGCUGGGUCUGAUACACGUCGUGGCCGUGAACAUGGACCUAGGCUUGGCCAUGUCGAACCUGAACAAGUCGACGCCCAGCCUGACCCAGUUCAAGAAUAAGCUCGACGUCCACGAGCCCGGGUCCAUCAUCUUUGGCGGCCACAGCUUCGGCGCGGCGUCCAUUGUGCAGUUCCUCAAGUCCACCUACUACGCCGAGUCCUCCGCCCUCGCCCACGUCGCCAAGCCUCUGUUCACUCCGCGCAGGGACUCGGCGCUGUGCCAGCAGAUCACGGAGAAGAACGUCACCAUGCUUCUGGACAUGUGGUGCUUCCCGCUCCUCGCGCCAGGCUCCUCGGAGCUCUUCGAGCUGCCCCUGCCGGCGUACGCCAACAAGCCCUCGGCACCGGGGGGCAGUGCCAUUCUGGCCGUCGAAUCCGACGCCUUCUUCAAGUGGAGCGACCACCUCCACGUCACCGCCCGCGUGCUCUCGCCGCAGCCCUCUGCCAACGUCAUCACGCCGCAGCUCUUCAGCCGCAGCGGCGUCCGGCUCGCCGAGCCCAAUUUCUUCUACGUCAAGAAUUCGGCGCAUCUCAGCCAAUCCGAUUUCGGCAUCCUCUUCCCCUGGCUGACCAAGAAGAUCUUCAACUCGGAGGAGCCCGAGCGUGCGCUGCGACUGAACCUGAGGGCGCAGCUGCAGAUUCUGAGAUCCAACGGCGUGCCCGUGGCGCGGACGUGGAUCGGCGACCUUGUCGACGGCACGGGCUCCGGUAAGAUGGGCAUCACGGGCGACGAGGAUGCCGACAACGGGCCGGACGACGGGUUGAUGGACGACAAGGCCAUCUUUGACCGCUCCGAGGACAAGGUGCGGUUCUGGAGGUGGAUCGACGUCAUCGGUAUGGGCGAGCCCAAGGAGGUGCCCACCUCGGAGACGACGACAAACGGCACCGGCGGAUCGACCGUGAAUGCGCAGGUCGCCGGUGUCGAACGGACAGACCAGGACAUGGAGGAAGAGCUGGAGCCGCUUCAGGCGGUUGCGAGUGCGGCGCAAGCCGGCACGAUGCGGGCAUGA